AUGACUCGAGUCUACGAUACUGUUGAACCUGCUGUGAUUGAUAGGGCCAUGCUUCAGAAUGCAGUUUUCGCUCAAGGACCGCAAGGAGUAGCCGGUACUUAUGCGAAGAAAGAAGGCGUACAGUUUGCCACAGUUACCUCCUUGCGGUUGGACUUUCAGAGUAAAAAUCUAUCCUUCAAUAAUAUCGAGAAAAUCGAAGGUCUUGAUAAACUUGAAAACAUUGAAGAUUUGACACUGUACAAUAAUCGCAUAGCGCAAAUCGAGAACAUGGAAAAUUUGAAGAAAUUGCAACUGAUUUAUUUGCGUCGGUUUCCUUCAUUGCAGUCUGUUUGUCUCCGUGGUAAUCCAUUCUGUGAAGAGCCGGACUAUGGUUACUUUCUGCAUGCCUUCUUACCACAAUUACUCUAUGUUGAUUACAAACGAACUAAGGAAGAUGUGAAGAAGGCUGCAUAUGAGAAGUAUCAACUUCGUGUGGAUCAAUUGAAUGCACAAGAACAAGGCGAAAAAGAACAACAAGCAAAUGAAGAAGUCCUAAAACUGACCGAGGCGUUGCAUCAGCGAGCGUUUGUGGCAGGACUGGACAGUGAGACAAUCUUUGACACCUUGUACAUCGAAGAUCCGGACGGCUUCAAACAACAAUGCAAAGCUGUGUUCGACGUAGGACUACAAGAGCUUGAGAAGCGUGAUGCUGAAGUGAAAUGUUUUUGGGACUGCGUUGAACGGGCCAAAAAAAUAAACGGACAAUGUGGACAAAAGAUGAUUGACGAAUUUAAGCUGUAUCAAGCUGAAGUACGUUAA